AUGUCCGAAGUGGCCGCCGAGAACAACGUACCCUCAGUUCAGGAAGGUGAGAAGCGUGGCCGAAAAAGAAAUACAGGAAGCCGUACGAAUGCAAUUAAUGCAACUUACGCUGAAGCUGAACUGAUAACCAAGGGAUUGAAUAAUACUGAUGAUGUUGAUGGAAGGAGAACGACAAGAUCCUCUACACGAGGUUCAACUGCAGCUUCAAAGUUAAAAAAUGAACCUCCAGCAAAAAAAGAGAAAAAAACACCAGCCGUUAAAGGUAAACGAGGAAGGCCAAAGGCAGUCUCAAAAGAAGAAAGUGAAGAAGUUGUGUCAGCUGAAGAAAACGGUAUUGCUGAUGUAGACUCUAAAGCUGACAAGGGUGGAAGUUCCACAGAAGAAGAAGUAGAUUCAAAAACCGAAGAUAAAAUUGAAAAUGGAAAUUCAUCAGCCGAAGAAGAUAAGAAAGGCGAAGAGAAAAAGGAAUCUACCGAUGAAUCUGAUAAGCCUGCAGUAACAGAGGCAAAAAAAGACUCCUCAAGCCCGUAA